AUUUCUCAUUAAUCGGAGUGGGCACCGCUUUUUGGUUUCAAGACUAAAACUAUUCACAAAAAAAGUUGGACUCAAACAAGAGGGACAGCAGGUUUUCUGAUAGUUAAAAGAAAAAUCAAAAUUAAUUUAGCUUAAAGAUGAACCGAACCGAUGAAGGAAUAAACACCAUGGUGGAGUGCAUGGCGGAGAAUAUGGAAAAUACGCUGAUUGUUGCCGCUCAACAAGAUGUCCCAAUGCAACAGGUCAAUGAGCUAAUUACGGCCCUAAGAGAGUCGAAUGCACGUUUGGCAGCGGGUGCUAUACAUUUACCAGAGCAUCCUGUGUGGCAUGAGCGACUUCAGGCAGUUAUAGAGCACCAGCGCGAAAGAAGGCUGCAAGUCCAGGAAGAGCAGUUGCGUCAACGGGUGCAACGUGGGCAGCAGGAGCAACAGGGCCUGGAGGAGCCAAAUGGCCAGGAGGAGCAACAGGGCCAGGACGAUCAAAAUGGCCAUCAGGAGCAACAAGCGGAAGCGCAGCAACAAUAAACAAUAUUCAAAGAAUG